AAAAGCCAGUUUUCGUGUUCUCUGGUUUUCAGUUUGACAAGUUCGCAACGUACUUGUAACAAAAAGCGUCGUCCCAAGAAGAUAGAGAAUAUUUAUUCAACGUGUGUAGCAAACUAAAAUAAUUGUAUUGAUUUCGUGAGGAACAAAUAAAUAUUCCUCAAAAUGAGCGUGGAGGAAGAUGUUAUGCGUAUACAAAAAAAAUUAAAUAAAAUGACGUCAGAAGAUGGAAGUGGUCAAGAACAAGCAUUAGACCUGCUUAAAGAACUACAGACUUUAAACAUCAAUUUGGAAGUAUUGACCAACACACGUAUAGGAAUGACUGUUAAUGCAUUGAGGAAGUCGAGUAAAGAUGAUGAAGUGAUCAGUUUGUCCAAAACAUUGAUAAAAAAUUGGAAAAAAUUUCUGUCUGGCAGUACUACUACCUCUAGUGGCAAAUCUUCUAGUAGCAGUUCUUCAAAGCCCAAAAAAGAAAAAGAGGAUAAAACAGUGCGUGAAGAACGGGAAAGAGAUAAAGAGCGACCAUUGCCAAAACAGUUCCCACCUAGUUCCAAUACCACAGAUUCCGUUAGGCUGAAGUGUCGAGAGAUGUUGGCUGCUGCCCUCAAAACCGAUUCGAAACCUGAAGAUUUUGAAGGUUGUGCUUCAGCUGAAGAACUCGCCGAAGAAUUGGAGGAAGCAAUCUUUUUGGAAUUCAAGAAUACCGACAUGAGAUACAAAAACAGAGUCAGAUCCAGAAUAUCGAACCUGAAAGAUGUUAAAAAUCCUACCCUGCGGACAAAUUUCCGAAUUGGCGCUAUAACAGCGUCCCGAUUGGCUGUGAUGACUGCCGAGGAAAUGGCAAAUGACGAGGUUAAGCAGCUUCGAGAGAGAUUCUUGAAAGAAGCGAUCAAUGAUGCCCAAUUAGCUACGGUUCAAGGUACCAAAACGGAAAUGCUCAAGUGCGGCAAAUGCAAGAAGAAGAACUGCACAUACAAUCAGCUGCAGACUAGGUCGUCUGAUGAACCUAUGACGACGUUCGUGCUGUGUAAUGAAUGUGGUAACAGAUGGAAGUUCUGUUGAGUAGUUUUAUUAAAUUUAUUUUGUCGAUUGCAAGUUAGUAAUCUACUUUAUACCUCCAGCCCACUAUUGUGUAUUAAUUGAUUGACAGUUAAUAAAGUAUUGGAUUUUCAACUCUGCCUGGGUUUCAGUUAUAAUUUUGUGUGCUUUUUCAUGUAAAUGAUUGAUCCAAACAAUAAAAAAAAUCAUAUUUA